AUGGACUUCUUGUCUUCCACCGUCAUGAAAGUCACGAUCAAGCAUUGGCACGCUGUCGCCCAAUGGCGCUGGGACACCGGCGCAGACGAUUCAGCGUCGAAUGAGGAGGAGGACGUGUGUGGCAUCUGUCGCGUUGCGUAUGAGGGCUGCUGCCCAGCGUGCAAAGUACCCGGAGAUGAUUGUCCACUCAUCUGGGGCCAGUGCUCGCAUGUCUUCCAUAUGCAUUGUCUGCUCAAGUGGCUCGGGACGCCGGCCUCGAAGCAACAGUGUCCGAUGGAUAGAAGGGCUUGGGUAACUGCGGAGCGCAAACUCGUUGUUUAA